UGUGUAGUGGCCAGCUGGGGGAUGGAUGCGGGUGGGUUUUGCAACGAGUCGCCGAUACUUGGACAUUGAUAAAGGACUAUGAUCAAUCCAUCACCAAGUGCUGCAGAAUGGAGUGUAGUCUUCUGAAGGGCCAACUUGUUGUAUUGGUAGACAAGCAUUUGUUAGCUGUUUGAUUGACAGAGACUACAUGAUAGGUGGAUACCUUUGCCUCACCAGGAGUUUAGAUCAGUGAUGGUGAAAAACACCUCAGCUGUAUAGAAGACUGAAAAUGGCUGCCACCAGCGAUAUCCUACCUAGGUUUGUGAAGAAUUCCAGUGCUGCACCAGCCAGCCCAACGAGACAAGCAUGCAGGCUCAAGGAAAGACAUUUACUGAUGCUGAUUGUCGUAACAUUUAUUCUUAUCUGUUUCGGAACGAUCUUUUUCGCACCGGACUUCGGCGAGAGCCUGCGUAAGAUCGACGGUCUGGGUGGCAUGCAGAAGCGGGUCCAGGACAUUGGCCAGGACUUCCUGCUGCCUCCCCCACCCCUGGCCAACGGUCGCAGAGAAUCCCCGCUGCGGCACGAUGGAGACCAGAUAGAGGACCCGCACGUGGCCCAGGACCGGGAGAAGCUCUAUCACAAGGUGAAGGCCGCCGGAGACCUGCCGCCGCCGCUGGCGAAGCCUCGCCUGGGAGCAGACGCCGCCGCCGCCGCCGCCGCCGCCCAGGAGGCGGGUGCGGACGCCGGCGGGGCGGCGGAGCAGCGGCCGGCCGUCCGCGUGGCCGCGCUGCCUCCCGUCAUCACCGGCGGCGAGGACGCCGACCCCGUCAUGCAGUUCAGGCGACGCAAGAUCAAGGAGAUGAUGCAGCACGCCUGGCGGGGCUACGCCAGCUACGCCUGGGGCGCCAACGAGGUGCGGCCGGUGAGCAAGCGCAGCCACUCGGCCGGCAUCUUCGGCCGCCGGCCGAUGGGCGCCACCAUCGUCGACGCCAUGGACACGCUCUUCAUCAUGGGCAUGACGGACGAGUUCGCUGAGGGCCGACUCUGGAUCAAGCAGCAUCUGGACGUGUCGCAGGUGGACUCGGAGGUGUCGAUAUUCGAGAUGAACAUCCGGUACGUGGGGGGCCUGCUGUCGUGCUUCGCGCUGAGCGGCGACACCCUGUUCCGGGACCGGGCGCUGGAGACGGCGCGCGCCCUGCUGCCCGCCUUCGACACGCCCACCGGCAUCCCCUACGGUCUGGUCGUGCCCACCACGGGGAAGGCCAAAAACUACGGCUGGGCGUCGGGCGGCAGCUCGAUCCUCUCGGAGCUCGGCACGCUGCACAUGGAGUUCAGCUACCUCUCCGACGUCACCGGCGACCCGCAGUUCCGGCGACGCGUGCAGAAGAUCCGCCAGGUGCUGGCCGGCCUGGAGAAGCCGGGCGGCCUGUACCCCAACUACCUGCACCCCAAGACGGGGAAGUGGGGCCAACGCCACAUAUCGGUGGGUGCGCUGGGCGACUCGUUCUACGAGUACCUGCUGAAGGAGUGGCUGCGCUCGGGCGGCGCCGACCGCGAGGCGCUGAUGCUCUACCGACACGCCAUCGGCAACGUCACCGAGCGGCUCGUGCGCACCUCCAGCCAGGGCGGCCUCACCUACGUGUCGGAGCUGCUCAACGAGCGGCCCAACCACAAGAUGGACCACCUCGCCUGCUUCAUCGGUGGGCUGUACGCGCUCGGUGCUGCCAAGGACCCCGACAACAAAACAGACCGCUACCUGAAGAUCGGGAAGGAGAUCACGCGUACCUGCCACGAGUCAUACGAUCGCACUGUUACCAAGCUGGGACCGGAGAGCUUCAGGUUCACCGACAACCUGGAGGCGAAGGCCAUCAAGCUGCAGGAGAGGUACUACAUCCUGCGCCCGGAGGUGAUCGAAAGCUACUUCGUGCUCUGGCGGCUGACCGGCGACAAGAAGUACCGCGAGUGGGGAUGGGAGGCGGCUCAGGCGAUCGAGCAGUUUUGCCGCGUGGAGGCUGGCUUCUCGGGCAUCCAGGACGUAGAGUCGCCGGCUCCGCGCCACGACGACGUACAGCAGAGCUUCUUCCUGGCCGAGACCCUCAAGUACCUGUACCUGCUGUUCAGCGACAACAGCCUGCUGUCGCUGGACGAGUGGGUGUUCAACACGGAGGCGCACCCGCUGCCCAUCAAGGGCGUCAACCACCGGUACCGCCAGCUGAGUGGCAGCUAGGCGGCGCGGCAGCCGGCCUCGCCCCAUCCUUCCGCCCGCUGGGCGACGCCUCGUCCCACCCGACACCCGCCGCCGCCAGGUGGCGGGCCAGGCGGCCGGUCCGCUGCAGGGGCGCUGCGUGCAGCUGUGCCGGGCGGGCGGGUGUCAAUAGGCGCAGCAAGAGCUGGCGCUAUGUUGGGAGCAGUUGUGAGAAAGUUUGUGCUGUUUCUUAGGUCGGGCUGGACGCACCUGUUUUGCCUUGCACUUCAUGUUACGGACCACGAAUAGGACGAGUUUAGUGAUGACUAGUCAGACAUACGCGACACGAGGCGCACACGACGAGGAAUGCUUUGGUCUUGAAAAGUCUCGUUAUGGUGGCUAUUUGGCUUUCACUUUUUUCAUAACGUUUUUUUUUAGCUGCAUAGCUGUUUUGAGCCAGAUAUGCCUUUCAAAUAUUUUACAUUUCCCCAAUUAAUAUUUAUCCAGCAAACAGGUUGUCCAGGGAAUUUGUUUCAGAGAUCCUUUGUAGGUGGUCGGUUUAUCGGAUUUGAUGUAAGCUACGUUUUAAAACAAGGCGCCGCUCAAUCUUGCAUUGAAACAUACAGUGGAUAUUUUAAAAAUGUAAGUAAGCUCAGGGUGCAAAUGGUCAACAGUGUUGACGUGUGUACUGUAUGACGUAUGUACUAUGUACGCACGGAAACGAACACUGGCCGCAUUAUCUCGGGACUCGCCGGCGACUGAUUCGCGCCGCAUGCGGUUGAAAUGGCAGCUAUCUUAGGAACACAAGUGUUGACCGAUCGGUCUGGUCAAAACGCGCGGUGCUGCGUUUGUGAGCUGCCUGAUGCACGCCGCAGCAUACAAAUGGGGAAGGCUCCGCGUGAAGGUGGCAGCUCUUGAGACCAAUGUCCGGCUGGACGGCUCAGUAGAGCUCCGCCUCCCGUCUAACGGCGGCGCGUUUCAGACCACUACUGUCCAUAUGCACUCUGUUGUGUUCUCGGCGAUGUGGCUCGUCGGCUGACAUUCCGGGCGUGGGCGCCCGCCUGGGUACAACACAUGGUAUGGGGUGUGGGGACGCCGCGGUUCAGUCAAUGUCUCGGCUCACAUGAUCGCCAGCGUCCGUCCCCGAUGGUUCCUCGCGACUGGCACCAUUCCACGACGCCGGCUGGAGCUUCGGGCGGUGAGCUGCAGUGGCGUGCCGUGAGCAGGUAGCCCGGGACGUGCAGUGCCGUGGAGCCUCGAGCGGUGGGCUGCAGUAGCGUGCCGUGAGCAGGGAGCCCGGGCCGUGCAGUGCCGUGGAGCCUCGGGCGGUGAGCUGCAGUAGCGUGCCGUGAGCAGGGAGCCCGGGAGCCCGUGUAGUGCCGUGUCUCGCCUGCUGACGCGACAUGGGAGCAGCAGCGCUUCCCUCCGCACGCGCCGUGGUCGCGCUUCCUCGGAGACUGCGGUGAAACCCGUCCGUCGCAGAGUGGCGACUCCGGCCGGUCCUCCGCACCGCGUACUCUGUGGCUGGGAUUGACACGCUCCCUCGCUGGGGCCCGGCUGAAGGGUAUCUGGGGAGUCGGGUCCGUCGGCGCCGCGUGCCGUCUGGUCCCUGGCGUGCGGGUGUGUGCUCGGGGUAUGUGGGACUUGGGAGGGGAACGUUCCGGACCGGCCGUUGGCACUGGGUGUGAUCUUCCGCGCCAGGGGCGUCUGCGCGCCCCCCGCUCACGGGAUACGGCUAUUAUUUGUGAUGCGAAGAUGCUCUUUUCGUACGUGAUUAUAUCGUGUUAAGAGAUUGUGACCACCGGUAAUAUAUCAGGAAUUUUCACAGCU